AAUGAAAAAUUCAUAAAAUUAUAGUUCGGCCGUUCAGAGAAUGCGUUCCUGACACCUAUCAGUUAGUCAGGACUAGUGAUGGGCACAACAUAACACUGAGUUCGUUACCGUUCCCCCAAAAUAAACCGCCGCAUUAUUUUAAGAUUAUUUUCGUUUUAAAUUGGCGGAAUCAUUUAAAAUUUAUAUUUUAGUUAUUUAAGUGGAAACCAAAAAAAGGUAAUAUUCAUAUAAUAAAAUCGUUUUAUUUAUUCUUUGUUACAAAGUUACAAUCUGUAUUUCUAUGCAAUAAAGUAAGUACAUUGAAUUGAAUGUGCGUACAGAAUGUUAAUCAGACUCCGAUUCGCUUGAGGAGGUGGUGUCUUCAUCAUCAUCUUCGCCUACGUGUAUAUUACGUGUAUAUUAGGUAUUAUCAAUAACAGAAUCAAUCCUGAUAUCUCGGUCAAAAUCUUCCAAAAUCAGGUUUUUAGAGCUCUACCUCACUGGGACGCCAUGGCGACGUCGCCAGCGGCACAGGUCUGGCUACUUCUGGCAUCCAAAUGUCGCCAAGUCGAGUGGCCAUGGCGUCUCGACAGUCAAUUGUUUACGUCGUCGCUCAAGAAAUUGCAAGCUGACUGGCGACCACAUUGGCGACUGUGUGAGGGAGGUGCGCUUUACCGUGUACAUUAUAGUGGCUACUGUGGCCACGUCGCCAAGUUGCCACGGUAGCCAGAAGCCACAUAGGGAACUGUAGCUCGUGGCCACGCCUCCAAUUUGGCGACGUUACCAAACCGUCGCCAAGUGAGUUAGGUUCUAUACAUUUCAAUACUAACUGCUUGGAUACGUAGCCGGCGACGUCGCCAUUGGCGUCCUAAUGAGGCAGGGCACUUAGUCUUAGCGCACGAAACGCUAACAAAUGACUAUUUAGCGUCACAAAAUGACGGCCCAUGAUGCCAUUUGGGGUUACCAUUUUCAACCUAAAUAUAAAAAUGCUACUUUCUUUCGCGCGUUCAUUUUGAUCAUAGUUUUAUUUUUAUAUUUCAUAAAAGUUAUCCUAUAGUCCAUUAUUUUCAAAUUCUUAAAAAGAAAAACAAAACUUAUUAUUUUAUAUUAUAAGUAUUACGUAUAAAGUAUUAAGUAUAAGAACCAUCAACCAGAACGGAUUACGAUACUUGCCUGUUAUUUUUAGCACAGCACUACAAAUAUAAAGCGCUGACAUAACCUUGUAAUAGCGCAGUAUAGAUUUAGAAAAAUAUUGUUUACCAAGUUAUUUGACACUCAAUUUGGCACAAAAUUACAACAUUCAUUGAUUAUUAUUGAUAUAAUAAUGUUGUUUUAAUGCUCAACAAUUGUUAAAACGAUAAACAACCAGCAAAAAUAUUUUUAUCGUACUGCAACGCCAUUACAAAGUUACGUCGUCAGUUCAAUCGCGAUGUGUCAGAAACGCAUUCUCUGAGCGGCCGAACUAUAAUAGCCAACAGCAGUAAACGAGAUUUAUUCGUACUGUUCAUGCAGGCUACAUGACUUGAUACGUAAUACAAAAAUCAAACAACAAUGACAACUCCCAAAUUACUAUACACUAUUGAGCAGCCCCAUGGGAUGGGUGAGCUAUAUUUUCUAUGGCAGAAAGGAGAGUCCCACUCAUUGCUGGCUACAACUGGUACUGAUGCUACAGUAGCUGUACAUGACAGGUCUGGACAACUGAUGGAGAGAAUGAAGCUACAGGGUCUAUGCGCAGGUAUGGAAUGGGAUCAAGACGGAGACUACCUAGCUAUCAUAACACCCAACAGUAACACAGUCUUACUAUGGGAGUGCCAUGCUAAUAAGAGGAUCAACAUAGAGACGGGGCUAAGGGAACCACCAUCAUGUAUAGCUUGGGCUUAUGGAGAGCCUCUGUUAGCUGUUGGCACACAGAAAGGGAAUCUUGCCUUGUAUAAUCAUCAUACAACAAAGAGAAUACCAAUAAUAGGAAAACACACAAAAAAGAUUACAUGUGCAGCAUGGAAUAAGGACAGUAUCCUAGUGUUGGCCUCCGAAGACAAGAGUUUGUCUAUAAACAAUUCUGAUGGUGACACUUUGAGGAUGAUAUCUCUGAGGGAUAUACCAAAUGAUCUGCAGUUCUCCGAGAUGAAGACUGAUGAACGAGUUGCUGGGGAAAAUACAAUAAGUCUUGUAGUUGGUAAAAGGACACUAUACCUAUACAACCUCUUAAACCCAGAAAAUCCCAUAGAGUUAGCAUUUCAACAGCGCUACGGCUCAAUAGUCUCAUACAAAUGGUACGGAGACGGCUACAUUCUAAUAGGAUUUAGUGCAGGGUUCAUUAUAGCAAUAUCAACUCAUAUCAAGGAGGUUGGUGAGGAAUUGUUUCAAGUGAAGAAUCAUAAAGAUAAUCUGACUGAUGUCGCUGUUUGUAAUGGACUUGCCGCAUCUUGUGGUGAUGGCCAAUUAAAACUAAUCGCAAUAUGGAACAACGGCGAGGUAUCAGGGUCAGUAAUGCCAGCAGGCGGUGCUGAACGUUGCGCAUGGAGUUCUGAUGGACGUCUGCUUGCGACGGCCGGUAGGGCGUAUCUGAACGUCUACGUGACUGCAUUGCCGCCAUUACAUGCGGCGUAUGGUACUAGAGUUAUAACGCUCACCAGUCUCACUGAGGCUACUGUGUAUCAGUGUAUUGCUGUGGGGGAUGAGCCGGAACCUGUUAAUAAGUCGGAACCGGCAGCUCUCGCUACUUACACACUACCAACAGAACCAAGCGUGAUCGCUCUAGGCGGGUCCCAUGUGUGCUGUGCUAGCGGCACUUUAGCAUGGUUCUACCCGCUUGCGGGAGGAGCUGCCACGAGGAGGCAAUACCCAGCAGCCAUAGAUGUCAUCACGUUGGCUGGGGACUAUGCUGCCGCGCUGUUUCAAGGACGAGCUAUGUUGCAUGCAAUUGACCAAGUGGAUCCAUCACAGCCGGAGAAAGAAGCCAUAUUGUUCCCCGAGCCGCACAUGCAGGGAGCUAAGAUCGUCGACAUACAUCUGACAAGCGACUUCUUUAUAUUCGUCACUGAUCAAGGGCACGUAGAAUACUUUGGGGUGGAAGAAUGGCGGUCUUGCGGCCGUUGGCGGCAUGCUUGCGGCGUCCGUGGCGUGUACUGCGACAUCGGCGGCGCCCGCGCCUGCGUGCUGGACGAGCGGCGCCGCGUGCACGUGUACUGUCCCGCGCCCGACCACGUGUGUGCGCUGCAGCGCUCGCAGGCCGCUGAUGUUAGGGGCAUAAUCUGGGACAUCUGCCUAUCUGACCGCAACGUGUUCAUAAUCUACACAGACGAGGCGAUAGAGACUUACUACUACGCGGCAAAUUCUAUCAACGGCUCUCAUAUAGACUUGGUGGGGAUUACGCCGCUGUUGGCUGGUCAGAUACCGCUGAUUCUGUUCUCUGGAGAUGUUUACUGUUAUGGCAGUGGGGGAACAGUACUUAAACUAGCCCUAGACUCGCACAAUACAAGCGGCCUAGCAGACGCCGAUACAGAGAAACGUUUAGCCAAUCAACGUCGUCACAUAGACAAGUUGUUAGCGUUGAGACGGUUCAGCGAAGCUUGGUUAUUCUGUGACGCUGUGGAUGAACCGGAACUGUGGAGGAAGAUGGGGGAAGCUGCUAUUGCUGAACUUAAUGUGGAGUUUGCAAUCCGUGUCUAUACGAGGCUUAGUGACGUGGCUAUGGUAUGGGCUCUUGAAGACGCUUCGCAUAUUGAGGAUUUGUCCAUAUUAUGCGGAACUCUCUGCGCCUGUUUAUGCCAAGGUUCGGCAGCAGCUCGUUGGCUUGAAAGCUCCCCAGCCGGAGCGUUGCACGCGCUGGAGUUACACGCGGCUCGCGGGGACUGGGCACGUGCAGCCGACAUCGCCGCUGUCUCCUGUCCAGCUAAGGCGCCUGCUAUUACACUGCAUAGGGCACAGCAUUUGGAGCUCACAGCCGACUACCACGAAGCAUUAUCAAACUAUGAGAAAAGCCUCAUAACUGAAAACACAGACGACAUUAAAGUUAAAGAGCACAACGACAAAUGCGAAGCCGGGAUUGCUCGUAUGUCGAUACGUUGUGGUGACGUCAUGAGAGGACUGACCACUGCCAUGAAACAUUCUCACGAUAUCAUGCUAGUUAAAGAAUGCGCUCAACUACUCGAAGAAGAAAAACAGUAUACGCACGCAGCUGCCUUAUAUGAUCAAGCAGGGAAUACGGAAAAAGCAGCUUCGUUGUAUAUUAAACUCAAAUCCUGGCUUAAAGUUGAAGCUUUACUCCCAAAAAUCAAUUCUCCAAGCAUACAUAUACAGUAUGCUAAAGCUAAAGAAGCAGAAGGGAGAUACCACGAUGCUUUGAAGUCCUAUCUCAAAGCACAGGAUUAUGAAGCAGCAAUACGUCUCAACUUGGAUAAACUAGACGAUAUUGAUGAAGCGGUUAACUUAGUCCAAGAAACAAAGUCCAUACAAGGCGCAAAAAUGGUAGCAAAUUACUUCCAAAACAGUGAUGAUCCGACUUCAGCUAUCAAGUUCUUAGUAAUGUCUCUAUGUUACGACGAAGCGUUUCAAUUGGCAAGGAAGAAUGGCAAGUUGCAAUUAUAUGGAGAAAUAUUGAUACAAACUUCUCAAGCUAGGCCAGAGGACUUUAAGAGCUUGGCUUUGCAUUUUGAGGGGGAGAAAAAUCAUUUGUUGGCGGGGAAGUUUUAUUUCCACGCGGGGGAGUAUAGUAAGGCAAUGUCGCAUUUGUUGAGGAGUGGGGGGUCAGAGGAAGAGGACAAUGAGGCAAUUAGUAUUGCUAUUGAUGCGGCUGCUGCUAGUGAUGAUGAAAGGCUUACUAGGAGGCUAAUAGAAUUUCUAUUAGGAGAGACAGAUGGUACACCGCGUGAGCCCCGUCAUUUAUUCCGACUAUAUAUGGCCAAGAGACAAUUUGCUGAAGCUGCUAAAACUGCGAUAAUAAUAGCGGGAGCAGAAUGUCGGGCCGGUAAAUACCGCGAGGCUCGCGACGUAGUUCGCGCUAUGUGCGUAUCGCUGCGAGCUUCGCGCAUGCCGGUACCCAGGGACAUGAGGCAUGCCAUCGCCUUACUGCAUAGUUACAUAUUGGUGCGUACCCACGUCAAACGUGGCCGUCAUGAUCUGGCAGCGAGACUCCUGCUGCGUACUGCCGCUGACGUCACAUUCUUUCCAACACCACAGCAUCAAGUAUCGAUAUUGACAUCGACGGUAAUCGAGUGCAGUCGCGCUGGGUUGAAGCAUCAGGCUUAUCACUGGGCCAGAGUGUUGAUGCAGCCUGAAUAUCGGUCUCAGAUUGAUCCAAAGUAUGUGAAGAAGAUUGAGAGCGUAGUACGCCACGGGGCCCGCGAUCCCCCUGCCCCCGCGGUAACUUCCCCCUGCCCGCAGUGUAGCGCGGCCCUGCCCCAAGCAGAGCUGACGUGUGCGCGCUGCGAGGCUGACGUGCCCUUCUGUCUGGCUAGCGGGCUCCACAUAGUGAAAGAUGAUUUGACGGCGUGUCCAGAGUGCGAUUUUCCAGCUAUUCUCAGCGAAUUUGUGGAGAUUCUUCAAGAAGAAGGCAAGUGUCCGAUGUGUGGUGAAAACGUCGACUACCGUCGUCUCGUUAAGAUCGACGAUGUUGCUGCCUACAUGGAUCUUAAUACUACAGAAUAGAGUUCAUAUUAAUGUAUGAACUUUAAUGGAAGGUAUUUAUACUUAGCUCUCGAUUUAAUUUAGGGACUAUUUUGAUCACGUGGCAUAUCUUGAACUGGAUUUUUAUGCAGUUAAAAAAAAUGAGAUUCAAGGAUAUCUUAUUAUUUGAAACAAAUUCAGAGGACACAUUUUAAAGCAUGUUGAGGAGUGAUGCACCGAAUUUCUGACUAAUAUAAAAGCAAAAAAAAAGCCUUUGCAAAAUACUAAAAAUAUUGUUGCAAGUUUCAUUACUUUAAUAAAACAGGACUAUCACAAAUAAAUUGAAUCAAGUUAAUGCAUGUUGUGUCUGCAAGAAUGUCAUCUUUAACACGUGCAGACACACGCCGUUUAAGCAAUCCCGUCCUUCAAACAAAACACAAAAAUAAAUUAACCCUUAUUUCCUUUGAAAUAAGGUUUAAAUUAAUAUUAAUUCCCUCCGUGUUAAAGUAUUACAAAUCCCGCCGUUAUCGCCAAGGUUAUUUGAUUAUAUUCUUUGUGAACGCCUUGAGAUAACACUGUUUUUGUUGUGAUAUAAUGUUUGUGAUUGAGUAAUUCUAUCCGUCCAUUUUCAUAUAUUAUUGGUAGUUGUAAUAUUAGCUCUCUAUGGUUAGAAUAAGGUUUUAGUCUAAGGAUGUCAUUUGUGUCGAUGCUAAUGAUAUUUUGACAGUUAACUUGGUUGAUUGAUGACACAGAUUUUUUCCAAAUUAUAUUGGAAUAAGAUAUUUGUAGUACUAGGUACUAGAGUGGUUUUAUCUUUCGAAAGCCAACAUUUCUACAGAUCUGUCAAUGACGUCUAUGGACGUUGUUGGUGCCAUAUUUUUUUUGUUUAUAUACAAGAGUCACAGUGUGACCAGCCAGUGUUGUUUUCUUUUAUCGAUGUAUUUAUCAGAUCUAAAUAUUCAUAGUCAUUGUUGUUUUGUAAAAUGUCUCUAAUUCAUUUUUAUUAUCACUUCUAAAGCUGAAAGCUUAGAUGACAGACAAUUAUUUUCAUAGAUAUAUCUGAAGACUGUAUUUUUUUUUAUGAACAAAAUGUGUAUUAAAAAUAAGUUAUUAAGAUA